UUUACACUGAGAGCGGUUUUUCUUUGGACGAUCAGUGAUUUUCCGGCGUAUGGCAUGCUAUCGGGAUGGAGCACACAUGGAAGACUUGCAUGUCCGUUUUGCAUGGAGGAAACAGAAGCGUUUCAGCUGAGACAUGGGAGAAAGUCGUGCUGGUUUGACUGUCAUCGCAGAUUUCUUCCAAGGAAUCAUCCAUUCAGACAAAAUCGUACGCUUUUUACCAAAGGGAGAAGUAAAGAUAACAUCAACUCGAGGAAGGACUUGAAAGAUAUAUGCAAGAGAAAAGAGUUGGAGUUGACACGUGAUGGUCACGCACCUGUGCCGAUAUUCAGACUCACAAAACCAGGUAAAACGGUCUUGUUUAAAUGGUUAAAAGAAGAGGUUAAAUUCUCUGAUGGAUAUGCAUCCAAAUUGGCGCGAUGUGUUGAUACUGAUUCAUUAAAGCUUAUGGGAAUGAAGAGUCAUGAUUGCCAUGUAUUCAUGCAAAGACUUAUUCCUAUUGCAUUUGCGGAGCUAUUGAAACCCAGUGUCCACGGAGCGUUAUGCGGUAUCAGCACAUUCUUUCGAGAUAUAUGUACAAGAUCUCUGAGAAGAAGUAAUGUAGAGAUGAGACGAAGACAAGGAGGGCUAUCAACGAAGACGAUAGAAGUUAUCUCUACCACUAUGAUUCAUGUUUCGGACUUAUUCCCGAAAGCUUUCAGCCUACUGGACGCCUCGGAGGCAAAUCUAAAGAAUAUUGGUUAA